GUCAGAUGGCUCCACGUCGGACACGCCAUGCCAGGGGGGGUGUUUAGGGAAUAGGGCAUCCAGACCUGCCAUCAAUUUGUGUCGGGGAGCAUGAACAUUACUUUGCGGGGACUGCGCUGAUAGGACCAAACACCGCAACGUGUCACCGAAAGCAACAAACCGGACAGAAUCCUGACAUUUGGACCGAUGCGGCCGAAAGGAAAGAAAAGAUGACCUCCUAAAAAGGUAUAGUGGACUGGCGACGUCAUGGACUUGCGGCCAGAUUCGGUCGAGAUUCCCUCCAUCCAUCAUGGAUGAUGCGUUCGCCCCUUGUCAGACCACCCCCAGGGUUCGUUCUUUAUAAGGAUGAGGGGAGACACAGGUGAGAGGGGAAAAGCACACUCCUACAAUCUAAACCUCAUCUCUCCUCACUCGCUACACUCACAAUGCCUUCUGACGAGCUGAGCAUAUCUGCUUAUGGAGCUGCCCGCUCCACUAUCAAGGGCGAACCUCUCGAUGCCGAAGAGAUCCGCAAGACAGACGCCUAUUUCCGUGCCAGCUUGUAUCUGUGCCUGGGCAUGCUGUACCUCCGGGAUAACGUUCUUCUGAAGGAAUCACUCAAGAAAGAGCACCUCAAGGCCCGUCUACUCGGCCACUGGGGUUCCGAUGCCGGCCAGUCCUUCACUUGGCUUCACAUGAACCGCUUGAUCAAGAAGUACGAGUUGGAUGUGCUGUUCGUCUCUGGACCGGGCCACGGUGCCCCUGGCAUCCUCUCCCAGUCCUAUCUCGAGGGAGUUUACUCGGAGGUCUAUCCCGAUAAGUCCGAAGACGCGGUGGGCAUGCAGAAGUUCUUCAAGCAAUUCUCCUUCCCCGGGGGCAUUGGUAGCCAUGCCACCCCGGAGACCCCGGGCAGUCUGCACGAGGGUGGAGAGCUGGGCUACUCCAUCUCGCACGCCUUCGGCACCGUCUUCGACAACCCCAACCUCAUCACGCUGACGAUGGUCGGCGACGGUGAGGCCGAGACUGGUCCCCUGGCCACCAGUUGGCACAGCACCAAGUUCCUGAACCCGAUCACCGAUGGCGCGGUGCUCCCCGUGCUGCACCUGAACGGCUACAAGAUUAACAACCCGACGUUGCUGGCACGCAUCAGUCACGACGAACUGUCCUCUCUCUUCAAGGGCUACGGCUGGACUCCGUACUUCGUCGAAGGCAGCGACCGCGAGAGCAUGCACCAAGCCAUGGCGGCGACGCUGGAGCACUGCGUGCUGGAGAUCCGUAAGUUCCAGCAACAGGCGCGCGAGUCGGGCAAGCCCUUCCGACCGCGCUGGCCGUUGAUCGUGCUGCGCACGCCCAAGGGCUGGUCGGCACCGCGCGAGAUCGACGGCAAGCUCCUGGAGGGCUUCUGGCGGGCGCACCAGAUCCCCAUCACCGACGUGCUGACCAACGAGGCCCACCUCAAGGUGCUGGAGGACUGGAUGAAGAGCUACGGGCCGGACCAGGUGUUCGACGAGAACGGCACGCUCAUCCCCGAGCUGAAGGCGCUGGCGCCGACCGGCAACGCGCGCAUGAGCGCCAACCCCGUGGGCAACGGCGGGCUGCUGCGGCGUCCGCUGGACCUGCCCGACUUCCGCGACUACGCCCUCACGGACAUCAACCCCGGUGUCUCGGUGCGCGGCAGCAUGGUCAACAUGUCCAAGUUCCUGCGCGACGUCGUCGGCCGCAAUCUGACUAACUUCCGCGUCUUCGGACCCGAUGAGACCGAGUCCAACAAGCUGUCGGAGAUCUACAAGGCCGGUAAGAAAGUCUGGCUGGCUGACUACUUCGACGAGGACAACGACGGCGGCAACCUGGCCAUGCACGGCCGCGUGAUGGAGAUGCUCAGCGAGCACACGUGCGAGGGCUGGCUGGAGGGGUACGUGCUGUCGGGUCGCCACGGGUUGCUGAACAGCUACGAGCCGUUCAUUCACAUCAUCGACUCGAUGGUCAACCAGCACUGCAAGUGGAUCGAGAAGUGCCUGGAGGUGGAGUGGCGGGCGAAGGUGGCAUCGCUCAACAUCCUGCUGACGGCGACGGUGUGGCGACAGGACCACAAUGGUUUCACGCACCAGGACCCGGGGUUCCUGGACGUGGUGGCCAACAAGAGCCCCGAGGUGGUUCGCAUCUACCUGCCGCCAGACGGCAACACGCUGCUGUCGGUGACAGACCACUGCCUGCGCAGCGCCAACUACGUGAACGUGAUCGUGGCCGACAAGCAGGACCACAUCCAGUUCCUCAGCAUGGACGAAGCGGUCGCGCACUGCACCAAGGGGCUGGGGAUCUGGGACUGGGCCAGCAACGACCAGGGCCACGAGCCGGACGUGGUGAUGGCGUGCUGCGGCGACGUGCCCACGCACGAGGCACUGGCGGCCACGGCGCUGCUGCGCGAACACGUCCCGCAGCUGAAGGUGCGCUUCGUCAACGUCGUCGAUCUGUUCCGGUUGAUCUCCAAGAUCCACCACCCCCACGGCAUGUCCGACCGCAUGUGGAAGUCCAUCUUCACCGACAACAAACCCAUCAUCUUCAACUUCCACUCCUACCCCUGGCUCAUCCACCGUCUGACCUACAAGCGGCCCGGCCAGGAGAACAUCCGCGUGCGCGGCUACCGCGAGAAGGGCAACAUCGACACCCCCUUCGAGCUGGCCGUCCGCAACAACACCGACCGCUACAGCCUGGCCAUCGACGCCAUCGACCACGCCCAGUCGCUGGGUAACACCGCCGCGGGUGUGCGCGAGAAGCUGCUGAACAUGCAGCUGCUGGCCAAGCAGAAGGCGUUCGACGACGGGUUGGACCCGGAUUACAUUCGCAAUUGGACGUGGCAGUGGCCCCGCGAGAAGUCGGAGGGAGUUUGAUACGCAGAUCAACCGAGAUGACAUCCGAAUUAAUCGUCUUUAUUAUUCCUGUUAACAAGCAAACUGAAGUCUAUUACCCGACAUAACAUAAUGAAAUCGUGAUACCAUGCCCCCCUCUUCUCCCAUCCAUCACCAUCUAGCUUCCAUAAUCAUUAAGUAUUCGUAUCUUUGAGGUGACGACCCGAAACAAUGCAUCGCCCCCA